AGUUAUGAAGAGUGUAAUACAUCUAAUGAAACAUCUAAUUCUAAUACAGAUGACGAGCCUGAUAGAAAAUUAAAAAGGUUAAAUGAUAGAAGUGGAUAUACUUCAUCACAUUGUAGUACAUCUUAUAGCUCAACUAUAAAUAAUAUCAAGAUCUAAGACACUAAUAAUGUAAUCGUUUCUAAUGAUGAAGUUAAUAAUACUGUGAACCUACUUGAUUCCUUUGAUGAUGAAGACAAUUCAGAAACUAGUAAG